AUGGCGAGUGCUGUGCUGCCGAGCGGAUCCCAGUGCGCGGCGGCGGCGGCGGCGGUGGCGGCGGCGCCUCCCGGGCUCCGGCUCCGGCUCCUGCUGUUGCUCCUCUCCGCCGCGGCGUGGAUCCCCACAGGCGAUGGGCAGAAUUUGUUUACGAAAGACGUGACAGUUAUUGAGGGAGAAGUUGCAACCAUCAGCUGCCAAGUCAAUAAGAGUGACGACUCCGUGAUUCAGCUCCUGAAUCCCAACAGGCAGACCAUUUACUUCAGGGACUUCAGGCCUUUGAAGGACAGCAGGUUUCAGCUGCUGAAUUUUUCCAGCAGUGAACUCAAAGUGUCGCUGACAAAUGUCUCCAUUUCUGAUGAAGGAAGAUAUUUCUGCCAGCUCUACACCGACCCUCCGCAGGAGAGCUACACCACCAUCACAGUGCUGGUCCCACCACGCAAUCUGGUCAUCGACAUCCAGAAAGAUACGGCUGUGGAGGGCGAGGAGAUCGAAGUCAACUGCACGGCCAUGGCCAGCAAGCCAGCCACGACUAUCCGGUGGUUCAAAGGCAACACGGAGCUCAAAGGCAAAUCGGAGGUGGAGGAGUGGUCAGACAUGUACACCGUGACCAGUCAGCUGAUGCUGAAGGUGCGCAGGGAGGACGACGGGGUCCCAGUGAUCUGCCAGGUGGAGCACCCCGCUGUCACCGGGAACCUGCAGACUCAGCGGUACCUGGAGGUGCAGUAUAAGCCUCGGGUGCACAUUCAGAUGACUUACCCUCUGCAAGGCCUGACCCGGGAAGGGGAUGCGCUUGAACUAACCUGUGAAGUCAGCGGGAAACCCCAGCCUGUCAAGGUAACCUGGGUGCGAGUCGAUGAUGAGAUGCCCCAGCACGCCGUGCUGUCAGGGCCCAACCUGUUCAUCAAUAACCUCAACAAGACCGACAACGGGACGUACCGCUGCGAGGCCUACAACGUCGUGGGGAAGGCGCACUCGGACUAUACGCUGUAUGUAUAUGAUCCCCCCACAACUCUCCCUCCUCCCACAACAACCACCACCACCACCACCACCACCACCACCCUUACCAUCACCCCAGACUCCCGAGCAGGUGAAGAAGGCUCCAUCCGGGCGGUGGACCACGCCGUGAUUGGCGGCGUCGUGGCCGUGGUGGUGUUCGCCAUGCUGUGCUUGCUCAUCAUUCUGGGGCGCUACUUUGCCAGACACAAAGGUACAUACUUCACUCAUGAAGCCAAAGGAGCCGAUGACGCAGCAGACGCAGACACAGCCAUAAUCAAUGCAGAAGGAGGACAGAACAACUCCGAAGAAAAGAAAGAGUACUUCAUCUAG